AUGCAAAUUACCCUGGCAGCUAUCUAUGGCUUACACACAGUUCACGAUAGGCAAACCCUAUGGGAGGAACUAAGGGAGCUGGACCAAAGGAUCCAAUCACCAUGGCUAUUGUUGGGUGACUACAAUGCAGUCUUGAGUAUAGAUGACAGAACAAAUGGAAAUGCAGUACAGGAUAGUGAAAUCAAAGAUUUUAGAGAUUUCAUAAAUGAUACAGGAAUGACAGAACUACCAACAAGGGGGAGGAAGUUCACCUGGACAAACAACCAUGUGAGUAGCAAAAUUGAUAGAGCACUGGUAAACACUCAUUGGAUGCUGAAUAUGGAGCCAGUGGUGGUACAAGUGCUAGACCCUCUUUUCUCUGAUCAUUCACCACUGGCCCUGAUACUAGGAAAUGACACAAAUAAAGGAACAAAACCAUUCAGAUUUUUUAAUUGCUGGGCAGCUUAUCCACACUUCACAGAAAUAGUUCAAGAAAGCUCGAACACUGAUGAAACAACAACAAAUAUACAGGAAGUUUGGGCCAAAUUAAAGGAGGUGAAGAAGGGAUUAAAAAAUCUUAACAACAAAGAAUUCAAAUGGGUUGCAGAAAAGAUUAAAGAAGUAAGGGGUCAGUUGCAAGAACUGCAAGUAAAAAUGAGGGAUCCCACACAAGCUAUCAAUACAUAUGACACAGAAAAACUGUUAAAGGAAAAACUAGAAAAAUGGAACCUCAUUGAGGAAAGUAUAUACAAACAAAAAUCAAGGAAUAAAUGGCUGAAGGAAGGAGACUGCAACAUUGCCUACUUCUUUGCCAGUGCUAAAAGCAGGAAAGCUCAAAAUCUGAGUAUCACACUUUAA